AUUUUAUAUUUUAUCAGCACCAAUGAAAAAAGAUGCAAAAUGAGUAGCUACUAUGUUUCAUAACAAGAGGAGGGAAGUGCCAAAUGACUGUCCGCUGGAACAUAAACUAAACUGGCAUUUUUUAAAUUCGGUUUAAGGUUUAUUUUGACGAUCAUCCCUUGGAAAUAAAAUAGGCGUUUUAGUAAAUAAUAAUAUUGUCUUGGAAAGAAUGGAACUCUUCUGGGAAAACUUUAAGUAUUUCUACGCGAAUUUUCGCCCAUUCAUGCAGUAGAGCAUUCGUGAAUUCAGGCACUCUUGUUGGACAAAAAGACUCGCAAUUUCCCUUCCAGCCCAUCCCGAAGGUGUUCGAUGGGGUUGAGGUCAGGACGAGCCAGACCAGUUCUUCCACACCAAACUCAUCCAACCAUGUCUUUAUGGAGGUCGCUUGUGCACUGGGGCUCAGUCAUGCUGGAAUAGCAAAUGGCCUCCCCCAAAGUGUUGCUACAAAGUUGGAAGUUGGUUGGUACAAAGUUGGUCUUAUAAUGUAUUAGACUUUUCACGUCAUAGGGAAGAAUUCAACCGGUCUGUGGAAACAAAUGGCAUGUAAGGGCGUGUGUUUGUUCAUUGCAAAAACUAAAGGCCUGUCAAGGAGGAAAUGAUGAAAGAAAAGAUUGGACUAACAGGAACGAGACAAAGACAUACUGGAGUGUGGUGGAAGUGGACAGAGCAGGAAAGGCUAAUCAGCUGGGUUGGUUGAUGGGACAAAUCUGACAACUCGGACACUGGAGGAGUCACUACCGCCACCGGAUGGCAGUAAUGCAACACCAAGGAUGCAAGCAGCCGUUAACCCUCAGUGAAGAAGAAGACAAGGUUCGCCGUAGAAAACACAAGAGAAAUCAGCUGUAGCUGAGGCCAAUUUCGGCGGACGCUGGUGCAAAGGUAAAUUAGUAUACCGGUACUUUGUUUUCUCCUCGGAAGAACCAAGAUGGCAACAAGCACAGAGGCCCCGGAGCCCUGGUACUUGGCCCUGCUGGGUUUUGCAGAACAUUUUCGCACGUCGAGUCCGCCGAAGAUCCGUCUGUGCGUCCACUGUCUGCAGGCAGUGUUUCAUUUCAAGCCGCCUCCCAGGGUCGAGGCCCGGACUCACCUGCAGCUGGGCUCGGUGCUGUACCGACACACAAAGAAUAGCGAGCUGGCCCAGACUCACUUGGAGAAAGCGUGGUUCAUAUCACAGCAAAUCUCUCAGUUUGAAGAUGUGAAGUUUGAAGCAGCAAGUAUCCUAUCAGAGUUCUACUGUCAACAGAUGUUGCAUGGUGGUUUUGCCCCGUCUUAUGACUCACCUGUUAUCUGUUUUCAAGAACUUGGUGGAUUCUGCAAAACCAGUGCUGCGCAAGGCUAUCCAGAUUUCUCAGCAAACUCCUUACUGGCACUGCAGACUGCUUUUUCAACUGGCAGUAAGAAAACACAACUGCACGCAUUAGAGAAGGACUUGGUAUCUGCCUGUGAUCUCCUAGGAGUCGGUGCAGAGUAUGCAAGAGUCAUGGGCUCAGAGUACACAAGAGCUCUGUUUUUAUUAAGUAAAGGAAUGCUGCUGCUGAUGGAGCGUAAGCUGAGCGAGGUGCACCCUUUGCUGACGCUGUGUGGGACCAUUGUAGAGAACUGGCAGGGAAACCCCAUUCAGAAGGAGUCCCUCAGAGUUUUUUUCCUGGUGCUGCAGGUUACACACUACCUGGAUGCUGGGCAGGUAAAGAGUGUGAAGCCUUGUCUGAAGCAGCUUCAGCAGUGUAUCCAGACCAUCUCCACUCUCCAUGAUGAUGAGAUCCUUCCCACUAAUCCAGCAGCUCUGUUCCACUGGCUGCCCAAAGAGCACAUGUGUGUGCUCGUGUACCUGGUGACAGUGAUGCACUCAAUGCAGGCGGGCUACUUGGAGAAGGCUCAGAAGUACACAGACAAAGCUCUCAUGCAGCUGGAGAAGCUGAAGAUGCUGGACAGCAGUCCCAUCCUGUCCACAUUUCAAGUCAUCCUGUUGGAGCAUAUCAUCAUGUGCCGGCUGGUCACCGGACACAAAGCCACGGCUUUACAAGAGAUUUCUCAGGUUUGUCAGCUUUGCCAGCAGUCUCCGAGGCUGUUUACAAAUCAUGCUGCUCAGCUUCACACACUACUGGGCCUCUACUGUAUCUCAGUGAACUGCAUGGAUAAUGCUGAGGCUCAGUUCACCGCAGCUCUACAGAUGACAACGCACCAGGAGCUGUGGACAUUUAUUGUGACAAACCUAGCCAGUGUUUACAUCCGGGAAGGCAACAGACAUCAAGAGCUCUACAGCCUUCUAGAGAGGAUUAAUCCUGAUCACAACUUUCCUGUUAGCUCUCAUUGCCUACGAGCUGCAGCGUUUUACAUCAGAGGGCUCUUGUCUUUUUUCCAGGGACGUUACAAUGAGGCCAAAAGAUUUCUAAGGGAGACCCUGAAGAUGUCUAAUGCUGAGGAUCUGAACAGACUGACUGCCUGCUCACUUGUCCUACUGGGCCACAUCUUCUUUGUCCUGGGCAACCACAGGGAAAGUAAUAACAUGGUGGUCCCUGCUAUGCAGCUGGCCAGCAAGAUCCCAGACAUGUCUGUGCAGCUCUGGUCCUCUGCACUUCUCAAAGCAGACCUGAACAAGGCUUGUGGAAACACCAUGGAUGCCCACGAGGCAGCUCAGAUGCACCAGAACUUUUCCCAGCAGCUCCUGCAGGACCACAUUGCCGCUUGCAGCCUCCCUGAACACAACCUCAUCAGUUGGACGGACGGUCUGCCGCCUGUGCAGUUCCAGACUCAGAAUGGUCCUUCUACCAGCCUGGCCAGCCUGCUCUGAGAACAAAAUCCCAUACUGACAGGAAAAAGGGGACACGGGGGAGCGAUUUCAGGAGAAAUGACAUGAAAAAUGAGCAGAGAAAAGGAGAAAGGGCCAGUCAAAGGGUAAGGGGAAGAAGAGACAUGACAAUUAAAUAAGUGCAUUUGACAGGCUUCCAUUCAGGGCGUUCAUUCAUGCAUUUGGGACAUCAGGGCAUCAUGGUUGGGUUUUAAGUAAUUGAAGUUUUACUGAAAAGCAUAAGGUGUCAUGGGUACAUUGUUUUACACUGACACACUUUGGAGUGGUCCUAAUACUCUGUUUUACCAGCUUAAAACAAAUUAAGGGAAAAGUUCACAAUUUUAAGAAAUCUGCUUUUUUGCCAUUAUUUAAGAAGGUUGAGACCACUUUGAUAACAGUAAAGUGAAUAUGAACCUGCAGCUGGUUACCUUAGCUUAGCACAAAGACUGGAAACAGAGAGAAACUGCUAACAGGAGUCUUGUGAGCUUUAGAGGCACUGGUAUAUGGAUUUUGUUAUGUUUAGACAGAGCCAGACUAGCUCUUUCCCCCUGUUUCCAUUCUCUGUGUGAAGCUAAGUUAGCCAGCUGCUGGCAGUGGUUCACAGUGACUGUACACACAGGAAAGUGGUGUCCACCUUCUCAUCUAACUCACCGCAAGAAAGCAAAUAAACACGUUACAAAAUGAUACACUUUUCCAUUAAAGUGUCUUUGUGGAAUUUUCUUGUCGAGAAACGAAAAGUUUUUUUUCCACUCAGUUACUCACCAAAAAGCACUGUGUGUGUGUGUGCGUGUGUGCAAUGCGUUGAGCUGCUCAUGAAACACUUGCAUCCAGCAUUGUUUGCAUCUGUCUGUCAUCUUGACUAGCUUGCAGUCUUCUUCCCUGGCUUUGCUCUCACAUUGCUGGCAUGUCUUGGCGUGUUACAUCCACAUGUUAAUUAGUGGAAUAGUGUGGCUCCAUUGGACCGCUGGUCAAAAACUCUGCAGCCUUUAAAUUCGGCUGAUUUAUCCUAACUAAUCUCUUGUAACAAGACUAUCACUGAAGUAUUUUUUAUUGUGGAUGAAGUAAAGUAGGAACCUUUGGAGAACACUCAGUUUUUGAGAUUAAAUUACAUUAAAUAUGAGCCAUCCAUUGGCAAAAGAGUCAGAUAUUGUGCAUGAACUCAGUAUCUGUCUUGUCAAAGCACUGGUUGGUUAGUUCUGAUACACAGUAUUGGUUAGAAUACAUUUGGAUAUACAGCAAACUAUAUAUCUGUAAUGAGUUAAUGUAGUGUAGUGGUAUGUUUUAUAUGUACUUGGUGGUUGGGUGGACAGCUGUGCAUGUAGUUAAUUCACUGUAGGGGGGCAAAUGUGAGCAAUCAUGAGACCGAAGACAACUGAUUUACUGGAGCUGUUGGCCAGCUUGACAUUGAGUAUGUGGCAAAGGUGUGGAAAGACUAUGAUUCAUCAGAAAAGUAUUUGGAUAAUUUUUGGACAGUUUGCUGCCUGACUGCACUUCCCUUUAGAUUUUUAAUAUUGCUCUCUCACUGUGGUGUAUGUUUAUAUGCUGUGCACAUUUUGCUUGAAGUCAACAAACCAGUAAUAAUAAUAAGAUUGACUGUUACCAUGUUUGCACACAUUGUUUCAUGAUGAAACUCACAUUUUUAGCUUUUCCAUGGGAGCAUCUUGGCACAUUUUUUAUAUAAUAUAUAUAAUUUUAUUAUACAUUUUUUGCCCUGUUUUCUAAUUUCUUCCAAGCAAUAGAGAUGUUUAAUGUUGUUUUACCUCGUGCCAGAUGCAUUUGUUUCUUGCCAUUAUUGCUGAAUCGGGUUUUAAUAUAUUGAUAUAUUAUCAAAUAACAGGUAGGAUUUUUGUAUUUAUUUACACUUUAUCUAGUAAAGACUGUUGUUAUACAUAUUUCUAUACUGAUAACGUUCAGUAUUUCAAAAUAGUUGAGUUUGGUCAUUUGCAAAACAAUUACUGUAAUAAAAAAAUGCUGUAUGGAUGCCAUUUAUGGUGUUAUUGGCAUUUUACAGUACAGCAUAAAGCUGAGUGUUGGAAUUGUGUUGUUUGUUGUCAUUUUAACUGUAUUUAUCUUUAGCACAUCUGUCACUUUUUAUAAAUAAAAAUUCAAAAGUAGAAUGACUUGAUUAUUGUUAUUGCAUGAGCCUUUAAAUCCUGAUCAAGUGUAGCUACAUGAAACAAAAAAAGAGUGUGGCCAGACAUUAGUACAGAGAAGUGCAGAUGCUGUGGUGGGAGCAAAGCUGGAGUCUUUAACAUCUGUGGCAGAGCAGAGGACUCUGAACAAACUGGUAUCAAUCGUGAACAAUGUCCAUCACCCUCUGCACAGCACCAGUAGGCAAAGGAGCACAUUCAGCGACAGGCUGCUGUCACGGACAGGUUGACAAGGUCAUUUGUCCCUCAGGCCAUAUGGCUCUUCAGCUCCUCCCUGCGAAGACAGAACUGGACUGUGUCACUGGAUGGUUCACAUGCUUUUUAUUGUUAUUGUCAUAUCCCUAUAUAUU